CCCUCCUGGAUUUUUUUUCUCAACUUUUUCCCUUUUGGCUACAAAAGUUUGAGAAGAAGCAAUGCUCGAACAGGGUGAAAAAUACCUGCGGGAAGGUAACUCAUAAAAGGUGAUUUACAUCUUAACAAGUCUCUCCUUUCCCUGGUUGCAUCAUUUUUGUCGCGUAUUGUGCGCAAUGUCGUAACAAGAUGUUGCCACUUAUUGAAGAAGAACAACCCAUUAACGACACCUUACGUAUGAUUUUCUACAAAGUCUAGUCGAUUCAUUCAGUUCUUGUGCAAGUAAACGCGCGAAUUUUCAGUUGAGUGAAACAAACUUAGAAACUGAAUUAAUUGUGACUCUUCCGCAGCCUACAAUAAAUAUAAACUGCAAACAUGAUCAAACGAGGACCCACACGUAUAGUGUUGAAGUUGGAAGAUCUUGAGGAGUUCGAUAAUAUAAAGAAGGAGCUAGAACAGAAACGGAUAGCUGAACAAGUUGUGGGCUUGAACACUUCGGAGAAGAACGGACAAGCAGGCACAUCCAACGGGGCAGCGGCCCACCAAGAAACUGUAGUUCCCGCUGGUGAGGUUGUGGACACGAAAACCCGAGAUGAGAGAAUUCGCGCACGGAUUGGGUUUGAUCCCAGACCUGUUCCAUCCACUUCAAGUCGGAUUGGAGAAUUUAGAGGUGGCGAAUGACCAUUUGUUGAGACUCUUUUCUCUGAAGACCUGUCCAUGUAACCAAAAACUGCAGAGUAGUACUUCAAUGUCCAGAGCUUGCACAAGGAUCAUGAGGAUGCGGAGCUGAGUUGCGGACCUGAUCAUGCCGAUGACAUUGCCAGGCUCAUGGCAUGGCUCAUCAUACUUGCACUUGACUUGUACAUGUAAGUUUGCAUGGUCAAAUACUUUCCCAACGAUAUUGAGACAGUUAUGCUACCUGAAUCCUGGACAAACAUGAAGUUAUUCACGAUGUACAGAGGCAAUAUCUCAAACUCUGCAGAGUUUCAGAGACUUAAGUAUUAUUCAAACUUGUUUCCGUAAUUUCCAUCAUCAUGAUGCCUUGAUGGUUUACUUCUCAAACUAGUCAGCGGUCAUCAGAGGAGGAUUGUGUUAACUUGGAAAACAAGGAAGGAAGUUCUUGUGUCUUGUGAUGCUUGUACAAAAAGACUGAGGAACAGUGGCUUAUCCAUCAUUUAUACAUCUACAUCUCUUCCAAUCAGUGAUGGCUGGUAUAAUUCACUCUUCAUCUUCUCGAAUCCCACUAUCAUCAUCAUCUUAUUCUCCCUCUGCUAAUUCGGAGAUCAGCGAUCCCAUGGGCCGUAAAGACAUAUAACUAAACAUGAUCAACGUAAGAACUACAGGAUUUGCAUGAUUAUUUUGAUCUACAUGUACAAGAACAUCUCAAGACAGAGGCAGAGUGACUACUCUUAAAUCAUUUGAAAGAAAAGGCAUGAUACAUUUUCCCAUUCUCAUUGGUAAGAUGGAUUCAGCUGUUUUCAGCAUGUUCAAUUUUUUAAUGGGAGAAUUCAACAAAUGUUUCCUGUUGGAAUCUUGUGAUGGGACAUGCCUGGGAGAGAAAAAAUUUACAUCAAUGUCAUUUUGUUCAACUGUUAACAUAAAAACAGUGAUGCUCCACACUUUAUAUUUAAAAGCAUCAGAUCUACUCUGUUAUGAAUUGGCAUCAUGAGUUGUGAAAAGAUGCUGAGUAUAAACAUAAAGAAGGGAGCGAGUGUAAUUUACCAUCCAUAGUUUUCAUAAGCUUGUUUCAUAUUGAAUAUCUUUGGAUAAAAAAUUAAAAUAUUUAAAAAAAUUAUAUUGGGUGCUUAAACUCCAAAGUGAUGUCAUAUACUUUUCAUCAGAUAUUUGUAGUAAGACAUUUGAAACUUUGAAUUAAUGGAUGCUCUCGAUUGUUUUUUGAGUUGCAAGCAGUGAUCACAUGAAAACACGUAUCUAUAACAUUCACAAAACCAAGACAUACCAUAGUACAGCAGUGAUUGUUUUUGUCUUUCUCCUGAUUUCUUUGUACAUGUAUGCCUAAUGACAAAGUCUACCACUAUUUCUACCUUAUUAUUCAAGUGUGAAUAUCAAAUGUUACAUACAAAACAACAUUUGAGAUACAUUACGUUUAAUCUUUGUUUUACAGUGAUGGCUCUCAAAACUUGCUUGUAUGUACAUGUAUUUGUUUCAAUCAGUUCUAGACCACUUUCAAUAUUUGUUUCACAUGUUGAGAAAUAUGUUACCAUGCAAUUUUAUUUCAACUAAACAUGUGGUAUGAAAAAAGGUCAAUGUAGAGUAUACAACAUGUACUAGUAUGAUUCAUAUUCUUUUUAAUGCAUAUUUUCAGGGACUGAAAGUGUCUUUGUGGAAAAUGUGUUUAAUAAUCUGAUCAUUAUCCUGAGAGACCUUCGUUUAAUAUGUAUUAUAAGUAUUAAGUCUUUGUGAAGUACAUGUAUUUUUUUAAAAUUUGUAUAGGUUGUUAGUCUGAUAACCACAUGCACAUGAUUAUGCACAUCUUCAGCUCUAUUAUGACUAUGAAACAGUAAAUUGUGAAGAAGAAAGACAGUUGAUAUUAAAUGUGUACAUUUUCUUGAAA